AUGGAGUCGGAGGCCACCACUACCGCGUACGAGUUGGACCGCAUCCGCCGCCGUUCGUCGGCUGGCGCUGCGCCCGCGCCCUUCGGCUUGACCGCCAUGACACCUGUCGACAACGCUGUUGAGGACGACGACGAGGUGCUCGAGGCCUCGAUCGAGCCGGCCAUGACUCGCGCGUCGCGGCGGUCUUCCCGGAGUGCAGAUUCACCACUCGCAUUCAAAAGUCUCGCUCUCACCCCGAUGCCAGUGGCACCUAUCACGCCUCCCGACACGCCCUCCAAAGGCAUUUCUAUCCCCACCCCCGAUCCGUUUGCGCCUGGUCUUGCGCACUCCCUUCCCCCUACUCCCGGGGAAGCACCAGACCCGUUUGGGAGCGACACGGAACACGAUGCUGGCGCGACUGAAGAAACGAUCGUGGCUCUCCCACCCGUCGACCGUGGUGCACAGGCAUGGAGCUUCCUCAUUGCUGCGACAUGCAUUGAGGCGGUUAUCUGGGGCCUCCCGUAUUCAGUCGGCGUGUUUCAUGAGUACUGGGUCUCAACGCUCUUCGGGCCAGAGGCCACCAGCACACUCACUCUCGCCUCCACCCUCCAGACCGGCCUUCUCUUCUUCUCUGGCGCGCUUCUUGGACCGCUGUUCGCGGCCUUUCCCUGGUACGAGCGCCAGAUACAGCUUGCGGGCUUGGCCUUGUCGACGUCUGGGCUCAUCGCGUCUGCGUAUGCCACCAAGCCCUGGCAUCUACUCCUGACAAUGGGCGUCAUGUACCCGUGCUCAGCAGCCACGUAUCUCCCAUGCGCGACCAACAUCUUCGAGUGGUUCGUGGCCAAGCGCGGCCUAGCCACAGGUAUCAUGUACGGCGGCACGGGCGCAGGUGGCACCAUCUACCCGUUCGUCGUUACGGCGCUGCUCCACCGCUUUGGAUACCGCGCAACGAUGCUGUCCAUCGCCGUGAGCUACUGCAUCCUCGUAGCGGCCGGCCUGUUCUUCACAAAGCGGCGUGUACCGCUCGUGCGCCGCGUUGGUGCAAUCAAGAAACGUGUCCGCCCAAAGCCCGACUGGGUAUUCGUUCGCACACGUGCGUGGUGCAUCGGAACGACAUUCAUGACCCUCUCGUCCCUUGGCAACUUUAUCCCUCUUCUAUGGACCCCGUCCUACGCCAGGCAGGUCGGCAUCAAAACCCCCUCCCCCGCCGCCCUAGUGGCAAUGAUGAACGGCGUCAGCGUGAUCGGCAACCUCGUCUCAGGCUCAAUCAGCGACUACGUCCAGCCCCGCUACUCGGUAUUUGCGUACUCUGUCGUCGCCGCCGCAGCAUGUGCCGGUCUCUGGGGCUUCGGGACGAGCGCGGGCGCCCUCACGGGCUUUGUGAUUGUGUGGGGCCUAACCGGCCAGUGCCUGUGUGGAUUCUGGGCGCGCAUGAUUUCGACGAUUGCGCGUGACGACCCCGCCGUCCCACAGAUUGCGUUUAGCGCGUUCAUCAGUCUCAAGGGUAUUGGCGCUUUUACUUCUGGCCCAAUCUCGACCGCCCUCCUCAAGAUUGACGGUUUCCGCGGCGCCGGAGGUGCGUACGGUGACACCAACUUUGGCGUCCUCAUCAUCUUCACUGCCGCCAUGACUCUGAUUGGCGCCAUUCCUAUGCUCGCCUUUCCCACGAGCUAG